CACUUUGCUGCCAGUAGUGGCACUCUAAUAAAAACAAACAGGGAAUUGAAAUGUAAGGUAAAGAAGCUGACAGCUGGGGUUAACAAGGGAUUGGCGUAUUUGCGAGAGAAACACAAGAUCAUGCACCGAGAUGUUAAACCUUCAAACAUCUUGGUGAAUUCACGUGGUGAAAUCAAACUUUGUGAUUUUGGGGUUAGUGGGCAGCUGAUCGACUCUAUGGCGAACUCAUUUGUUGGGACCAGAUCUUAUAUGUCACCUGAAAGACUCCAGGGGACACAUUAUUCUGUUCAGUCCGAUAUCUGGAGUAUGGGGCUCUCUCUGGUGGAGAUGGCCAUCGGAAGGUAUCCAAUUCCUCCACCUGAUGCUAAGGAACUCGAACAGAUCUUUGGCUGUCGCGUGGGAGAGGACUCUUCAUCCUCAGAGCCAAACCCUCAACCACCAGGAUGUCCAGGGAGCGCUUUUGGUGGCGAUUGUCGGCCCCCAAUGGCAAUAUUCGAACUGUUGGAUUACAUUGUGAAUGAGCCACCCCCUAAAUUGCCAACUGGAGUAUUUAGUGAAGAAUUCCAGGACUUUGUGAAUAAAUGUUUGAUAAAGAAUCCUGCGGAAAGAGCAGACCUGAAGCAGCUUAUGGCUCAUGCUUUCAUCAAACGAUCAGAGGCAGAAGAGGUGGAUUUCGCAGGUUGGCUGUGCACAACUAUUGGCCUGAAGCAGCCGAGUACGCCAACACAUACUCCUACAGUGUAGAUGCUCAAGCUGCUAAAAGUGUCGGCUCUUUGUGCAGCAAACUGAUGGAUGUUUCUGCUAACAUUACCUCAUCAAUAUCCCUCUGUCCCAUAAAUAAUUCUAAAGAUAUUUUAAAAAUGUACUUUCACUUUUAAAGGGAAAGAUGUCUGUUUAAAAAAAAAAAAUGCCAAAUUUAACUGCCCCUCAUUUGUUAGAAUUUGUCAAUAGGAAUUCAUAAAGUUUUGAGUGGGGCUAAGUUUAAGAGCUAAAAAGGGAAUGGGGCAUCUCAUUCUUCGAUCAGCAGAAAACCAUUCUACUACCCAAUUUAGUGGAUGAUUGUGGAGACAUCCCACUAUGCUCAGGGUUAAAACUCAUCCUUUUAAAGAGGGAGGUAGACAUGCUAUCCUCCCUUAACUGGCAAUGAUCCAACCAUCCAGAAAACCUAUUUCUUUGUAUGCAAGUGAGAAACUAGAACUGAUUAAAAUUACAUUUUCCCCCUGAUUUCUAUUACAUCCUUAAUACUAGCCAUUCAUUUGUUCACUACUAUCCCUUGAUAGUCAGGAGGAGCUGGGCUUUUAUUCCGCCAAGGAUUUGCCCUGUACAGUCAGAUUGGGAAAUUGUUAUUAAUUGCUAGCAGGAACUCUUUGGGUUUUGCUGGAGUUCUUGGGGUGGGAGUGGCAAGACAAAGAACUUGCUGAGCCAGUGGGGAAGAUAUUGAAUACAGCAUGCAGUGAAUCUUUGUUUUAAUACAAUGAAGGGAACACAAUAAUAAAGAAUUAAAAUCUAAUGUAUAAUUUAGUACAUUGCAUGUGGUUUGAAUCAGAUCAGCUUGUGUUAAGCCCAAUUAUUACAGGGGGGAGCCUUUGCAAGAUUCAAGCCCAGAUACCAUCAGAAUAAAAUGAAAUAGCACCAAAGGUUUUUAGAAUUUUAAACAAAUUACAUUCACAACCACUUUACUCCUGCCUAUCUAGUUUGAAAGUCUCUGUUCAGAGUACUCACUCCCAGCUGUGGGUAGGAUCAAUUCCACUGACUGUGGUCACAUGAAUGUGGGUGUCUGGAGCAAGGCCAGCAUUUAUUGCUAAUCCACAACAGGCUAAAUGUCGAUCACGUUGCUGAGAGCCUGGACUCACUUGUAGGCCAGAUAGGGUAAGGAUGGCAAAUUUCCUUCCCUAAAUGACAUUAGGUUCACAAUGGGUUUUUACAAUUCAUUCUUUCAUAGACACCAUUACUAAUACUAGAUUUAAGUUUGAAUUUAAUCCCACCAUCUGCAGUGGGGUUUAAACUUUUGCCCUGCGCCUCUGAAUUACUGGUGACAUGAUCACUAUGCUGUCUACAGGAGGACUGAUUUUUUUCAUUUAAUGAGUGGUGAUCACCAAUUUUUUUUUUUUUUUUUAAAACUAUCCUUUUGAGACAUGGCACUUCUGAGGCAGAUGGAACUUGAACAUGGACUUCUGGCUUCAUUCUAGCACUGUGUCACAAGUCACAUUACUACUCUGCCAUCACCUCUAACAGACCUUGAAUGCAAUGGCAAUGGACUAGUAAAGACCAGAUCAUUAGAAAAAAACAUUUGUAGUUCCUGGAAAUAUUCUUUAGGCAGCAUUUGAAAAAUUAAUAUUUCAGGGUCAAUAGACUAAAAAAUGAGUACAGAGACAGGGCAGAAAUGAUAGGGAAAGUCUAAUAGUAUCAGAGACAGAGGAGUUUUUUUAAAAACAAAAUGGUGAUGGUCAUAAGACAAGAAAUAAGAGGUGCAAAUGGCAACAUUGUCUCAAAAAAAAAUUGAGGAAGUCUUUAGAACUGAAAUUGUUGCAGGCAAUGAAAAAGUGAACAAGUGUUGUCCUCAGACUUCAUAAAGCAAACAAGACUUGGUGGGAGGUUGAAAAAAGUGAAUGGAUACUUGGGGGAUAUGCUUACAAAUUACAGCAGUCAAUUGAAGCAUGGAGUAGUUUCCUAUUAAUCCCACUGCACAUAUUGACUAGUCAGCAGAGUUCUGUUCUUUCCCUGAUAGGAUUGUGCCAAAACAGAAGUACCUUGGUUCAAUCCCCUAAUUACAACACUGGUGGAAAUGCAUUUAGUUGCUGGGUUGUUACUGGUGUAUAAUAAUAACCAUACAAGUAGUAAGUGUUUGAACUUGGAAUCAUUUUUAGAGUGGAUUAAAAAAUGGAAGAGUACAGCUAUGACAGAAGUGUGCAAUUUGACAUUCUGUAUUCAGAAUAGCAUCCUGUACCAUCUGAUUUCAGUCCUCAGCAUCAACUCCAUGUUCACAUCUAAUUUCAAGAAUCUUUGAUGCAUUUAGCUCCUCAAGGUACAUAUGGGGAAAAAUAGUACUUUUAAAAAUGACAAUAUUAAACAUUACCACAACAUGCAUUUUUUUCUUCUAUUAAUGAGAUUUACAACUGAGCAGCCUGUGUUCUGCUCACAUUGAACAUCAGUCUUUAAGAUUGCUGUAGCUGAUUUCAAUCUGUUAGGCACCAGUGAACAGCUGGAACAGUAACUGCAUUGGAUUUAAUUAAAUUCACUGUUCACCAAAAGGAAUUACCAAAACAGCAGGAACAGAACUCUUAUCACUAAAAGUGUGCAAGUAUUCUUUCAAUUCUCAGAAGCAAAUCAUAGAUGUGAAACUCUUGCCCUGCCUCAUCAGUUAGGGAAUUGCAACUUCAUUGACAUUUUUGUCAGCCAGUUUAAACAAAGUGGUAUUCAAAAUCACUAGUCAGUAGCAGACUGGAUUUACAUAAGAACCAGUCACUAGAUAAAUCAUUAAUGCAGCCUGGCUACUUGUAUGUGCCAAAAUAAGCCAAUUAUGGGAUUUCCACCGGCUGUGGGAUUCCCACACAUUUCUCCUUAGCCACUAUUUCAGCUCAUUUCCUAAAUUGUCAAGAGGCAGCAAUGAAAUAAAACAGAAGCUAGAAUUGUUAUUGAUCUAUCCUGGAAAGGGGUAAAGGGAGGGAAUCCCUGAAUAUUUAACAACUGGACACACCCUAUUUCAGUAGGUUUCAAACCUUUUUGACUAACGGCUCCCUUUUCAAAUGGAUGUGUAUUAUACCACCCUGACCCAAAUGAUCAGUCAGUUAAUAUAAUCAAAAUGAGUGUUGCCACAUAAAAAAAUAGUACUUACAGAAAAAAAAAAAAUGAGGUCUGUGUUCAUAGUUUCACUACAGUCUGUAUUUUAGGGUUAACAUUUACCAAACUACACUCUGCUCACACCAGCACACCUUGUGCUUUUAACGUUUUGCAGCUGUCUCAAAAUAUGGACCCUGAAGGGCUCUAUAGACCACAUUUUUUUCCCCUAUGGUGCAGCUCCCACCUGACAACUCCAUCCAUUCAUAGAUAUUACACACCUCUGCAAGAGAUGAGAAUUGAACCCAGAUCUCCUGGCUCAGUGGCAGGGACAUUACCACAAAAUCCUUGUUUCAAGCUAGAAAGCUGUAUGACUAGAGUGCCUCCACUUGCUAUUCAACAUGAAACUGUUAAAUGGCCAACCAGAUGACAGCUUAUCCAAGAUUCUUGUUUUGUAGAAAUUCUGAAAACCAAACUGGAAAACUGCCAGGGACAAGAGACAUGCAGUACACUAAAAUCAGACAAUCUUUCUUUAAGUACAAAUGGUGUAAGAAAAUAUUGUUGACUGCUAGAAUUGUGUAUAAUGUGAGAAAGUGUGUAAUUCAGAACUCCCUUCAAACUGUGUUCCUGCUAAAGUCAUCAUUAAUUGGAUGUUGCAAUAAAUGAUCAUAAUGUGA